ACAUGACCUACAAGGUAUGAAUGACAUAACAGAAUUGAGUAAGCCCACAACGACUACCAUUGUAGGAGCCUUAGCAGCAUGAUUUGACGAUGGCCAAGAUAGAAAACGAACAGUUAUGGCGGUUUGUCUUGGCCGGUAUCUCCAACAUGAGCGCUGCUACAAUCACAAAUCCCGUGGACGUCAUCAAGAUACGUAUGCAACUAGAAAAUGAGCUGGCAUCACAGAAAGGAAUCGAGAUACUCCGAAACCGGUACUACGACGGCUUCAUCAAGGGCGGAGUGAGGAUCGUUAGUGACGAAGGAGUCCGUGGGCUGUAUAAGGGAGUGGUGCCCUCACUGAUGAGAGAGGGAAGUUAUAGUACAAUUCGUAUAGGAGCGUACGAACCUGUCAAGGUCCUGUUUGGCGCAACCGAUCCAGCUCACACACCAUUGUGGAAAAAGAUAUGUGCUGGCGCCCUUACUGGGGCUAUAGGGAGUUCCAUUGCAGUUCCCACGGAUCUGGUCAAAGUGAGAAUGCAAGGCUGUACAAAGUUGGUAGGAGAAACAUCAAGGUACCGCAGCACGUUUUCAGCCUUCGCGGAAAUUAUACGUGAGAAUGGCAUGCGUGGCCUGUAUGUGGGAGUAGGUCCAACGGUAAAAAGGGCUGCUAUACUCACCGCUACACAGGUUCCGACAUAUGAUCACACCAAACACACGAUUCUGAAUGCUGGUUGGAUGACAGAGGGCGCCCCUCUCCACGUGGUGUCGUCAAUGGUGGCGGGCUUUAUGACGGCGUUAACUACGUCACCAGUAGACGUGGUGAAAACGAGGGUAAUGAACCAACAACAAAACAAUAAAAUGUACAAGUCAGCGUUUGACUGUUUCUUUAAGACACUUCGUUCCGAAGGUCUACAUGGGCUGUACAAAGGCUUCAUCCCUAACUGGAUGAGGAUCGGACCACAUACCACCAUCGCCUUCUUCAUCUUUGAGCAACUCCGGAGUAUUGUUGGUAUAGAUCCUAUAUAAUAUACAGCCUAGUGAUAUGAUUUUAAUGUUAAUUUGGUUUCUGCACAUGACUGUUAAUACCGGCAAUGUAUACCUGGUAUUUAGAAGCUGGAUUCAGUGUAUAGGGAUGUAAUGUUAGGACCUGGAUUCAAUGUAAGGGGACGUAAUGUUAAACACACAGAUAUUUGUGCAUUAUUCCGAUAAAUACCUCAGAUAUGAAUAUAACUGCAUGUUUGAUAUAUCAGAUAUAUAUAUUGUCAUCGCAAUGGCAGACAUUUUGUUAGAGUGUAAUCAUCCCAGAGUGAGGAAGAUUAAGCCCAAUAUAGAUCAAAUAUGAUAAUUGAUAAUUGUCGCAUUGUAAGAGAAAUUUAGUCGCGUAAUGUAAGAUAUUUCAGCCCUGUAUGAUUGUGGCAAUGUACGAUAAUUCAGCCCUGUAUGAUUGUGGCAAUGUAAGAUGAUUUAGAUCUGUAUGAUUGUGGCAAUGUAAGAUAUUUCAUCCCUAUUUGAUUGUGACAAUGUAAGAUAUUUUUGCCCUGUAUGAUGUGGCAAUGUAAGAUGAUUUAGAUCUGUAUGAUUGUGGCUAUGUAAGAUAUUUCAUCCCUGUAUGAUUGUGACAAAGUAAGAUAUUUCAUCCCUAUUUGAUUGUGACAAUGUAAGAUAUUUUCGCCCUGUAUGAUUGUGGCAAUGUAAGAUGAUUUAGAUCUGUAUGAUUGUGACAAUGUAAGAUAUUUCAGCCCUGUAUGAUUGUGGCAAUGUAAGAUGAUUUAGAUCUGUAUGAUUGUGGCAAUGUAAGAUAGUUCAGCCCUGUAUGAUUGUGGCAAUGUAAGAUGAUUUAGAUCUGUAUGAUUGUGGCAAUGUAAGAUAGUUCAGCCCUGUAUGAUUGUGGCAAUGUAAGAUGAUUUAGUUCUGUAUGAUUGUGGCAAUGUAAGAUGAUUUAGUUCUGUAUGAUUGUGGCAAUGUCAGAUAUUUCAUCCCUGUAUGAUUGUGACAAUGUAAGAUAUUUCAUCCCUGUAUGGUUGUGGCAAUGUAAGAUAUUUCAUCCCUGUAUGGUUGUGAAAAUGUAAGAUAUUUCAGCCCUCUAUGAUUGUGGCAAUGUAAGAUAUUUCAUCCCUGUAUGAAUGUGGCAAUGUAAGAUGAUUUAGUUCUGUAUGAUUGUGGCAAUGUAAGAUAUUUUCGCCCUGUAUGAUUGUGGCAAUGUAAGAUAUUUUCGCCCUGUAUGAUUGUGGCAAUGUAAGAUAUUUUCGCCCUGUAUGAUUGUGACAAUGUAAGAUAAUUUAGCCCUGUAUGAAUGUGGCAAUGUAAGAUAAUUUAGCCCUGUAUGAAUGUGGCAAUGUAAGAUGAUUUAGUUCUGUAUGAUUGUGGCAAAGUAAGAUAUUUCAGCCCUGUAUGAUUGUGGCAAUGUAAGAUAUUAUCGCCCUGUAUGAUUGUGACAAUGUAAGAUAUUAUCGCCCUGUAUGAUUGUGACAAUGUAAGAUAUUAUCGCCCUGUAUGAUUGUGACAAUGUAAGAUAUUUCAGCCCUGUAUGAUUGUGGCAAUGUAAGAUAUUUCAUCCCUGUAUGAUUGUGGCAAUGUAAGAUAAUUUAGCCCUGUAUGAUUGUGACAAUGUAAGAUAUUUCAUCCCUGUAUGAUUGUGGCAAUGUAAGAUGAUUUAGUUCUGUAUGAUUGUGACAAUGUAAGAUAUUUUCGCCCUGUAUGAUUGUGACAAUGUAAGAUAUUUUCGCCCUGUAUGAUUGUGACAAUGUAAGAUAUUUCAUCCCUGUAUGAUUGUGGCAAUGUAAGAUAAUUUAGCCCUGUAUGAUUGUGGCAAUGUAAGAUAUUUCAGCCCUGUAUGAUUGUGGCAAUGUAAGAUGAUUUAGUUCUGUAUGAUUGUGGCAAUGUAAGAUAUUUCAGCCCUGUAUGAUUGUGGCAAUGUAAGAUAUUUUCGCCCUGUAUGAUUGUGGCAAUGUAAGAUGAUUUAGUUCUGUAUGAUUGUGACAAUGUAAGAUAUUUCAUCCCUGUAUGAUUGUCGCUAUGUAAGAUAUUUCAUCCCUGUAUGAUUGUGGCAAUGUAAGAUAUUUUCGCCCUGUAUGAUUGUGACAAUGUAAGAUAUUUCAUCCCUGUAUGGUUGUGAAAAUGUAAGAUAUUUCAGCCCUGUAUGAUUGUAGCAAUGUAAGAUAUUUCAUCCCUGUAUGAUUGUGGCAAUGUAAGAUGAUUUAGUUCUGUAUGAUUGUGGCAAUGUAAGAUGAUUUAGUUCUGUAUGAUUGUCGCUAUGUAAGAUAUUUCAGCCCUGUAUGAUUGUGGCAAUGUAAGAUAUUUCAGCCCUGUAUGAUUGUGACAAUGUAAGAUAUUAUCGCCCUGUAUGAUUGUCGCUAUGUAAGAUAUUUUCGCCCUGUAUGAUUAUCACAGGUACUUUUAGUCCUGUAUGAUUAUCACAGGUACUUUUAGUCCUGUAUGAUUACCACAGGUACUUUUAGUCCUGUAUGAUUAUCACAGGUACUUUUAGUCCUGUAUGAUUACCACAGGUACUUUUAGUCCUGUAUGAUUACCACAGGUACUUUUAGUCCUGUAUGAUUACCACAGGUACUUUUAGUCCUGUAUGAUUACCACAGGUACUUUUAGUCCUGUAUGAUUACCACAGGUACUUUUAGUCCUGUAUGAUUACCACAGGUACUUUUAGUCCUGUAUGAUUACCACAGGUACUUUUAGUCCUGUAUGAUUACCACAGGUACUUUUAGUCCUGUAUGAUUACCACAGGUACUUUUAGUCCUGUAUGAUUACCACAGGUACUUUUAGUCCUGUAUGAUUACCACAGGUACUUUUAGUCCUGUAUGAUUACCACAGGUACUUUUAGUCCUGUAUGAUUACCACAGGUACUUUUAGUCCUGUAUGAUUACCACAGGUACUUUUAGUCCUGUAUGAUUACCACAGGUACUUUUAGUCCUGUAUGAUUACCACAGGUACUUUUAGUCCUGUAUGAUGACCACUUCUUGUCUUUGUUACAUUUUAUAGGAAAUUUGAACUUUGCACGUUCUAUCAAUCUUACAGAGAUUUUAAUACUUCAAGUCUCGGCCACGUUCUAUCAAUCUUACAGAGAUUUUAAUACUUCAAGUCUCGGCCAUGAGAUUAUCCAAGAACAUUGAGUUAUUAUUUACUUUGUUAAAAAAAAAAGGAAGGUGGACCUACAAUACAUAACAUUGAGCAAUGAACUAUUAUCUAUCGAUUAUCAUAAGAUUAACUCAUUCAAUGCUAAGUGUUCAAUAUGGUUUAAAUCUUGAGUGGAUAAGAUGAAGUUGGGCAGGUAUAUGGGGUAUUGUACGGUUUACCAGGAUAACUUGAGUAGGUGAGAUGAAGUAGGGCUGGCCUAUGGGGUAUUGUACGGUUACCAGGACAACUUAAAUAGAUGAGAUGAAGUAGGGCAGGUCUAUGGGGUAUUGUACGGUUACCAGGAUAACUUAGAUAGGUGAGAUGAAGUAGGGCUGGUAUAUGGGGCAUUGUACGGUUUACCAGGAUAACUUGAGUAGGUGAGAUGAAGUAGGGCUGGUAUAUGGGGAGACUGAAUACCCAUUAAUACAUACAUUUGUACUACACGAUCUCCUGUUUGUUAUAACCAUUCAAAUAUAUCGUAUGUUUGUUUUUCUUUCGCUUUUUAAACAAUAUUUUUAAAAUGAAGAUAAAUGUGAUUAUACGCGGCUGGGAAUAUUUUAAUGUAGAAAAUUACGUUUGCAUACCAUUUCAUUCUAGACUUUUACCUCGAUAUUGGCGGUUACUGCUUUAUUUAUUUUUUUACAAUGUAUUAUUUCAACAUUAUCCACAAUUAUAUGAUGUAAUUAUAUGAUAUUGAUGUAAUUAUAUGAUAUUGAUGUAAUUAUAUGAUCUAAUUAUAUGACAUUGAUCUAAUUAUAUGACAUUGAUAUAAUUAUAUGAUGCAUUCAUAUGAAGUAAUCAUAUGAUGUGAUUCUAUGAUGUAUUUUUAUGAUGUAAUUAUAUGAUGUAAUUAUAUGAUGUAAUUAUAUGAUGUAUUUAUAUGAUGUAAUCGUUUGAUAUAAUAUGAUGUCAAACAGACUGCAGUAACAUACAUGUCAUUUAUCAAUGUAAUGAUUCUCAUUGAUUCGCAUUUCAAUGUAAGAAAAGUUCGAGUCUCUUUUAUUUUGAACAAUUUUUAGACUUCAAGUUGAUUUAAAACUCGAGAACACGAUUUUGAUGCAUAUACAUGUACCCUCUUUGAUUUGCCUUUUAUUUAUACUGUAUUUAGUUUUACAUACUGAAUAAUUUGAUAUUAUUUGGUGUAAUUUAUUACGGAUUUCUUUUAUAAUGUUUUUGUUGAUUUAUUAAUGACAGAGGCGUCUGUAUUUACGUUGACGUCUUAUUUUGAUAGGAUAUUGAUUGACAGAUGUGUGUAUUGACGUCUUAUUUUGAUAGGAAUAUAUAUAUAGUGUCUAUAUUAAAUGGUGCUCUUUAUCUGUGUCUGUAUACAACCCUCUAACAUCGAGUUUACUUAUCUUUUAACAAGUAAGCAUACGACCUAUGAUAUAUGCACAUAUAGAUUAUAAUUUGGUGUAGUACAUGGCCAAGUGACACCUAUGUGAAUUAACUGGAUUUGUUUCAGUUCAAACACCGUGGUUUUCUGUUUGAAAUGUAUUCGAAUGACUUCAGGGACAUUACAUACAUUAGUAUAUGUAUACAGAAAUGUUGAAUAAAUCCUUGUUUUGAGAUGUUGAAA